AUGGCCAAGAAGUACAACUUGCCGGGUGUCUUCUACUUGGAUUUAUGGCCAGCUAGUCCAGGUCAAGUCAUCGUGAUUGACCCAGACGUUGCACAGUACAUGACGGUGACGAAGAACUAUCCCAAACACGAGGCCGAACAGUGGUUCUUGGAUCCACUGAUUGGCAAAGGCAACAUUGUCACAGUGGAAGGCUCUCAAUGGAAGUAUCUUCAUAAGAUGCUCUCACCAGCCUUCUCCGUCCAACACAUAAGCAACAUGCGACCUGCAAUCGCUGAAGAGAUCAUGGAGUUCCGAUCCAUGAUCGACAAGCUGGCUGAUACAGGAGAAAAGUUUUGUCUUGAGCAACUCACGCAACGCACGACAUUCGAUGUCAUUGGCAAAGCGACUUUCGGUCACUCGCUGAAGGCAAAAAGUCAAGGAAGUGCAGCUUUAGAGCAUUGGGAAGGCAUGUGCCGCGCUUUUGCAAAGACGCAUGAAUCGUACAACUUCGUCAGCAACCUUUUCAAACUGCGAACCGUCGAGACUGAAGCUAAGAAAUUGGAUGCGAUAUUGGCAGAGAUGAUCAAGAAGCGGUUCGACAUCGUGGUACAAGAGAAGACAGAUCUUACCGGUAAGAAAGGUCUUAGUAUCAUGGAUCUUGUUCUACGAGAUUUUGUUGAAGAGAGUCGUCAAGUAGGCCGGGAAGUUCUUGAUCCCGCCUUUCUCAAGAACGCGAUUACCCAAAUAAAGACCCUGUUGGCAGCGGGAUCAGGGACUACUUCGAACACCAUCUGUUACUCGAUGAUGAUGCUCUCCGUUCAUCCCAAAGUUGUCCAGAAGUUACGCGAGGAGCACGAUGCGGUCUUCACAAAAGGUGUUGACGCGACAUACAAGAUGCUACAAAACGAUCCGUACAGACUGAAUCAACUGGAAUACACCACCAACGUAAUUAAGGAAGUUCUGCGUCUCUACCCUAUCGGCAAUACUGCACGAGCAGGUCAUCCGACAGAGAAGUUUCUUGCAUUCCAGGGCCAGAACUAUUCGACCGAAGGAAAAAUGGUGUUGCCAGUGCAUAUGACUAUGCAUAUGAACGACGAGAUCUUUCAAAACGCGACCAAGUUCGACCCAGAUCGCUUUGCGCGUGAAGACUUCCCGCGGAACGCGUGGCGCCCCUUCGAGCGAGGUCCACGUGGAUGCCUAGGCAGCCCUCUUGCGAUGGACGAAUUGAAGAUUGCGUUGCUUUUGACAAUCAGAGACUUCGACUUCACGUGUGCGGAUCUGAAGCCAAACAAGACGCCCAGGGUGGGAUGGACAGACUGGGAUCUGACUUUUGGGGACCGCGCAUUCCAAACCUUUGUUUUCGAGGCACGUCCGCGAGACGGCAUGCCGAUGACUGUGAAGAGGUCGAACUGGGCUUCAUAA